AUGGUCUUGUACGCUGUUCUAGAGACUACUGCAAUUGAGGAUGAACGUGGAUAUAUUGAUAAAUCCACAAUCACUUUAUUUCGGACAACAUCGAUCUUAGAUGAGGAUAAAAUACGAUCAGAUGAUAAAGUUACGUUAACUUCAAUUUUAAGUAAGCCACACAUACCAAAUGUAUUAGAGAGAAUUCAGGAUUUUCAUGGUACAAAGCAAGAAGAUGUGGUAGCAUGGAUCGACCAACUGGAAGUUGCACUAGAUUUAACUGACCAUGCACAAGGUAAAUGGAGUAAAUUAGCUGCAUGGUAUUUAAAGGGUGAAGCAUUAAGUUGGUAUAUUAAGAAUAAAAACCAAGUUUAUGACUGGGAUUCAUUUAGACAAAUGACAGUCGAGAAAUAUCCAACAUGUAUUAAUCAUCGUAAUGAUUUAAUUAAACUGGAACAAGCAAUUCCCUCUUCAACAACAAUAUUAAAUACACAAUCUGUCUCAACAAUCGACUUAUCAAAUAAUUUGCUUAAAACAUUGAUGGAACAUAAGUGCGUGAAUAUCAUACUUCAAUAUGGUGUACCAGAACAAUUAUUAGCAGAUUGUGGUAGUCAUUUUAUGGCAAAUGUAUUUGAAUCAAUCGCAUCCAGAUGUGGUGUCACAUCCAACAACACCUCCAAACAAUCAACAACCCAAAUGGAACCAUUCAAGUUGAUGUAUGGUCGCGAUGCCAUUCUUCCCUUUGAUACACCCAGUCAAAUCACAAAAUUAUCACUGGUCGAUGAUUAUUAUUCACAAUUGAUUAAAUUUUUAAAAGAAGCCAAAUCAACAGCAUGA